GAGUGCGGCCACUUUAUUUUUCAAAAAUCUCGCAUCCCAGAAUUAAUAAAAAAUUCGACAGAAGAUCGACGAAAUAUCGGCGUCACGAAAAACGUUCCAGCGCCAGCCGUUGAACGUUGGCGCCAGUCCAGUUAUGGAGUGGUUCUAUACAACCACAUGAUGUGUGGUUUCUUGAAAAAGGAGUCAGAUUUGAAGUUACAUUCAACGGAUUUUGCCAACCAAUUAGAAAGGGCGGAUCAAUUCUUGUAAAAUUCAUUUCAAGUAUCGCAAAGAAAGAUGAUAUUUGUCCUAUAAGAGAUGUAAAUUGGCAAAAUGUGAAUAAAACAAUGCUAGGUGAUAUUGUUAAUUUGAUUUGUGAAAAAUUCAUCAUUCCAGAUGGUAAAAUCUAUGAUGAUGCAAUGCUUAAGCACGUGGGUAAGCAUCGUAGGCAGUGGAAGUUUGAGCUCAAAGCUAAAUAUUUCAAUCCCACAAUACGAACCAGAACACAAAUUGAAAAAGAUAGGCCAGGAGGAAUUGUUCGUGAGAAUUGGCUUCUGUUGGUCGAAUAUUGGUUAUCGAAUAAGAGCAAGAAUUAUUCUGAAAUCGGAAUAGAAGCACGUGCUUCUUUGGGAUAUCUACAUACUAAUGGUGCUACGAGCUUUGCUAAUUCAAGAGACGAAUUUGAGAUUGAGCAUGGAAGAGAGCCCGGUGCUUAUGAGUUUUUUGAUAAAACUCAUCAACCAAAGAAUGGAUGCUAUCCUAGCAACACAAAUACUGCAGAAUUCAUUGACAUGGCAAAAAAAGGAUUGAUUCAAGUGCUUCAAAUUCAUCAACUCCGAAGCCUCAAGAAGUUAUAGAGAACGAAGUCUUCAAUGAUUUGAUGUAUGAUAAGGAUAAAAAAAACCAAAGACCAUUCGGUUAUGGAUUUGGGGUAAAUCAUAAUGACGGUUUGGAGUUCAUGCAUUAUUGCGGAAAAAAGGGGCACUUCUUAUAAUAGUAGCAAUGACCAAAUUAUGAAAGCUGAUUUUGCAAGGUAUAAGAGGCAUACCACAUACCUCUUAAUGAGACUGACAACACAGAUGACUAACUUGUUGGAUGCAGUGCGAAGCGGUAAUGUCUCUAAUGAAAUGUUAGAUGCUACUUCGACAGCAUUACGCUCCAUACAUGCUCAGAAUAUGGAAGAAUCAAAUGGAGGUGAUGAUGAAGAUGAAGACGAGGAUGUAGAUGACUUGAAUCUUUCUACUUGAUUGGGCAUGGAAAAAUAGCACAUAUAUUUACCUCAUUGAAUAUGGGAAACAAUACAACAUACAUUAUGGAAUAGGAAUCUGUUUUCUUUUGGUUGACCAUUGUUACAAAUGGAGAUCGACAUUGAACUUAAUUUCUUGUUUAGAAUUUUAGCAUUAUCGGAAAUUAUGAUUAUGUUAUUUUGAUGAUGAACGAAUUUUAAGUUUAUGUAUGGAUUGUCGGAGAUUGUGGUUUUGUUAUUUAUAGAAUGAGAUAUGUAGUACUACUUUUCUUAUUGUUUAACUUUUACUUAUUUAUUA